UUUGUGUGACUGGAGGAGGUUCUGGAAAUUUUUUUUUUUUGAAAAAUUUCGAAACGAUUAAUUACUUACCGAAUCGUUAUCAUGCUCGUUUUGGUUCGCCAUUGUUAUUCGAUGUAUACUUUUAACUUGUUUAAGUUAACAUAGUGUUUUUAGAGAGUUUUAGAGAGAUAUUACAGUUUUUGAGUUCGAAAAAUAUGCAGGGGCAAUUUUAGAAAUUCAUUAUAUAUAUAUAUAGGGUAGCGAUAAAAUAAAAAAGGGGGUGAUAUUAGUAAUACUAAAAAAAAAAUGAUUUUCACAUUGUAUCAUGCUUCUAUUUGAUUGAUCAUUGGAAUCGUUAUUGCAUUUUCUUAGCCUCGCCCAGUCCCCUUCGUGUAUUCCAGCAUUCGAAACAAUGGCGGAAUAUAAAACCCUAAAAGUUACACAAUCAAACCUUAAUUCUUCAGUUUUCUGUCUUUACCUCAACCGUCCAUCACACCGUAACGCACUAUCCAUAGAUUUCUUCGACGAAUUCCCGAAAGCCAUUAAAUCCCUCGAUCAAAACCCUAACGUCAACGUUAUAAUCCUUAUCGGCGCCGGCGAUCAUUUCUGUGCCGGAAUCGACAUCAACACUCUCAAUUCUAUCACUCAAAAAUCGGACUGUGAUCAAGGUCGUUCCAAUGAGAGAUUUAGGAGAUAUAUUAAGCAUUUGCAAUCGGCAAUUACCGCAUUGGAAGAAUGCCGAAAACCAGUGAUUGCGAGUAUUCAUGGAGCUUGUAUUGGAGGUGGAAUUGAUAUUAUCACCGCUUGUGAUAUAAGGUAUUGUACGAAGGAUGCUCUUUUCUCAGUUAAAGAAGUUGAUUUGGCAAUUACUGCUGAUUUAGGAACUCUUCAGAGGUUACCUGGGAUUGUUGGGUAUGGAAAUGCUUUGGAGUUGGCAUUGACGGCGAGGAGGUUUUUGGGUUCGGAGGCGAAGGAAUUGGGUUUAGUUUCUCGGGUUUUUGGGUCUAAGAAGGAUUUGGAUGAUUUUGUUGCACAUGUUGCUGAAGAAAUUGCAGCAAAAUCUCCCCUUGCGAUCACUGGCACUAAGGCAGUGUUAAUAAAAAGUAGGGACCUUAGUUUGGAACAAGGAUUGGACUAUGUAGCUACUUGGAACUGCGCGAUGCUUCUUUCAGAUGACCUAAAAGAGGCCACAUCUGCCUUUUUCCAGAAAAGAAAACCUGUUUUUUCAAAGCUGUGAAAGACAUCAAGGAUGCAGGGAUAUUGUAUGAUUGAAAUAUGCUCGCGGUAUCAGGUAUAGAUCUAUUUUAUUGUUUUGUUUUUAUGUCUCAGCUUGGAAGCUUCAAGGCUUUCACCAUACUAGCUUGGUCUAUAAUAAGAUGUAUAGUUGUACUUGUACCAAAUUGUCUAUUUGGCCUCUUGUUGUAUACCUCUAUUACAUCUUAAUUUUUAAAGUAAUCUCCUAAUUGUUUGUAGAAUUUGUUGUUGAUGAAUUUUAUAUGAAAAGUGUAUGAUGUUUCUAUGGUA